AUGGGGAAACGGAAGUCUAGGGCUAAGCCCCCUCCUAAGAAGCGUAUGGACAAGCUCGACACUGUUUUCAGCUGUCCCUUCUGCAAUCAUGGAACCAGUGUUGAAUGUAGAAUUGACAUGAAGAACUUGAUUGGUGAGGCUAUGUGCAGAAUUUGCCAAGAAAGCUUUAGCAUGACCGUCAAUGCUUUAUCUGAACCCAUCGACGUAUAUUCUGAAUGGAUAGAUGAAUGCGAAAGGGUGAACACCCUUGAUGAAGAUGCUGCUAAAGAUGAAGAUUAGAUGUAGGUGGAAGGAUCUCCCUUCUGUACAUCGACAUAGGCAAUCAGUAGUUUAUAGCUUAGUCUGGGGUGUUCUGAGGAUCUGCUCUUGGUAUGAUGGUUGAUAAAACUUGGUGAUGCUUAUGUUGUAGCUUGAAUAAACAUAAUCCUUCUACAUUUCCGUUAAAUUAAUGUAGGUCUGUAUUAAUUUUCCAUCUUUUUAGCCUUUUUAGGUCAGAGAUGUUGGGAAGAACUAAAACAGCUUAUGAUUUGGCUUCUGAUUAGGCCAAAUUGGGUGGAAAAUAGUUUAUAGUUUCCUAUUUAUGUCUAAUAGGAUCUAGUCACCUGGAUGUUGGAUCAAAUAUAUAGUAAAAUGUUGUGUAAUUUGGGUUAUAUUUUGGGAGAAUUCAAUUCAGAUA